AUGUCCUUCACCAAUGCCCCGGUGACGCGCUCCCUCGCCGUCAGCCUCGUCGGCACCUCCAUAGCCGCAAGCCUCUUCGACAUAAAGCACUACUUCUACAUCUUCGCCGACUCCCACAUCUGGCACUACCACCAGCUCUGGCGCCCCCUCACAUACCAACUGUGCUACAUCAACUCGAGCGAGGUCCUCUUCGCCUGCGUGGCCCUGUACCAGCUCCGAGUUGUCGAGCGCAUGUGGGGGUCCAGGAAAUUCGCUUCCUUCCUCAUAGUCACAUCCAUCUUCACAGCCAUCAUCCCCCCCGUCCUCAUAUCCCUCCUUCAACCCCUCACGGCCAGCUACUUCAACUACCUCCCCGCCGGUCCCACCUCCCUCAUCUUCGCCAUCCUCGCCCAAUACUACGCCAUAAUCCCCCACAUCUACCGCUACCGCGUCGCCACCUCUUCUCCUAAACCCCCUCCUCCUCCCACCGACCCUUCUUCUUCAUCCUCAACGACCAACAACCGCCCCGGAGACGACGACUCCUUCUCCGGCCUCACCUUCUCCGACAAAUCAUACCGCUACCUCCUCCCCCUCCAACUCGCCGUGUUCCAAUUCCCCGCCUCCCUCAUCACGGCCCCCGUAGGCUGGGCUCUAGGUUACGCGUGGCGCUCGGGACUGUUUCCUUCGCGCCUUACCAGCUGGCGGCUCCCCGGGUGGCUCGUCGGCGCGUCGUCCCAGAAACCCUCGGCGCAGUUUGAGGGGCUGAGGAGGAGGUUGGAGGACGAGGAUAUUACGGAGGCGACGACGGCUAUUGCUACGGGGGUUCAGGGGGCGGAGGGGAGGGGGGAGGGAGGUCCGCAGAGGAGGACGGUUACGCAGGCGAUAUUUCAGCAGUUUUUGUGA